AUGCAGAGCCGGCAGGCGAGGUACUGACGCGCUGUCGAAUAUUCGCACAUCUCUAUCCAGCUCUACUCCCUGAACUGGAGCGCAUCAUUUUCUCCCCUCCUUCCCAACAGUUAUCCAAGGAUACCUAGCCACGAUCACUUUUGACCUUCAAACUAGUCCACUAAACAGAAGCCUAUUGCCUCAUUCAAUAACUGCAUUCAUCCGAAUAUCCUACUGCUCUCCUGAUCGCCUGUGCACCGUUCCGGGGGAGCGCACAUAUUGCAGGCAGUGGGAAACAGAUACAUCCCUCGAUAGCGCAGCAUAUGUUCUCAUGCGCCUGAAGGUAGAAGCUGGCGAUGCGGUUUCCCUCGGCUUGAUUUGGAGCCUUUUGCUGCGGGGUGUUUGACAUUGCACCCAUACAUUUGGGGGUGGUCCGCUAGUGACUACGACGAUGGCGGAGAAGGCAGUCAAUACAGCGUCCAGCGCCUUGACAGCCGAAGGAUUGACUCCACCGUCAGUUGCGGCGAAGAGACCCCAAAGCAACAGCCAUGGCUCCCCAGCCCGUGUUGUACUUCAUCCAGGGAGCCCAGCUGUGAAAAACAACGAGGUGCUGAGCCCAGCCUUGGUCAUAGAGAAGAAGCCCCAGCUCAAUGGGCUCCCCUCCCCUUUACGUCUGCCAGGCAACAACACUAACAAUCAUGCAGGUAAACAGUAUGUGGAAGGCUAUCUGAGGACAGAUGACAGGAUGCGUUUAGCCAAAGAGAGACGUGAGGAAAGAGAUAAAGGUUUAGCGGUACGAGAGCAGGCGAUCAUGGAGAAGGAGCGGCGGGCUCAGCUGCAGUAUGAGCGUACCGUGGAGGAGCGCUGGAGGAAGCUGGAGGAACAGAGACAGAAGGAGGAGCUCCGCAGAGCUGCUGUGGAUGAGAAGAGGAGACAGAGGCUGGAGGAGGAAAAGGAGCGACUGGACGCUCUGAUGAAACGCUCCCUGGAACGCAGCCUGCAGCUAGAGCAGAGGCCCAAACGCUGGACAUGGGGCGGAGCUGGAGGACCACAGGGUGACUGUGAGAAUGCCCCUCUCCCCGCCUCCACCUUUCCCCAUGAACUCGCCGCCCCCUUUCCUGCUGCCAGCGAAUCCGCUCCCUGCAGCCCCCACAGGUCACCCUAUCGGGGCUCGCCAAGCCGGGCUAAUCGACGGAGGCUCCAGGGCUCUCCAGAGGAGUCAGCAGGGGGGUCUAUCUCCACCCCUCAAACCCCCAAGAAGGAGAGGUUGCGCAGAGAGAGAAGGACUGGCUCCCCGGCGACAGGCUCCCCUGUGAGAAGAGCAGAAUCCCCAGCCAUGUUCACCAGACGCUCAGCCUCCCCCGCCACCCCCAAGUUGCUGAGCUGUACCCAGUCUCCCUGCACUGUGCGCCAGUACCACUCUUCUCCCAUCAGGUACAGACCCACCACCCCGGUUACCAACGGCAACAAGAAGGAGGACGGACAAGUUGAAGAAGCCAAAGGGCACAACAACAUCAGUGACAGAAAUGUCUCCAAGCCAGAGACCCCUGUGAAAAAGAUGUCUGAUAUUCAGAGCCCUGAGAAGUCUUCUCAUGCCUACACCGCUGAAAAAAAACUGUCCAACACUGAGACCCCAGAAAAGAGAUUCCCAAAAACUGAGACACCCAGUAAUAACUUAAAAGGUGAGAUUUCUGAAAAGAAGGACAACCCUGAUAAGAAGAGUCCUAUGGCUGAGACUGCUGAUAGGAAAGCAUCCAAAAUAGACACUCCAGACAAGAAGAUGCCAAAGUCCACUUGCAGCGACCUGAAUGCAGAUAAGAGCACAGAGCCAUCGUCAGUGACGCCAACAGGAAAAGGAAUUGCUGGAACGACAAGCGCAGAGGAAGCAUCUAGACUGCUAGCGGAGCGUAGGCGUCUGGCCAGGGUGCAGAAGGAACUGGAGGAGAAACAACAUCGUGAGCAGGAGGAGGAUGAGCGUCUGAAGGCGGAGCAGCUGAGGAGGAGACAGGCAGAGGAGCGGGCACGGCAGGAGGAGGAGGCUCGACGGGCUGAGGAGGAGAGGAGCAGACAGGAGGAUCUCCGUAGGACGAGAGAGGAAGAGGAGAAACUGCAGAGGGAGGGCCGGGAUAAGGAGCUACAGGUCCAGAUGGACAGAGAGAAGGAGGAGGCCGAGUUACAGGCACAGAAGGAUGCGGAGCAUCAGCGUCAGGAGAGAGAGAUACUGAAGCUACAACAAGAAGAGGAGAGACAUCUGCGGAAGAAGAGAAUUGAGGAGAUAAUGAAGAGAACCAGGAAGAGUGAUGAGAACCAGGCUGAGAUGAAGCAGAAUGAGGAAGGGCAGGUGGAUACUCUGCCUCAGCCUGUCUCACCACCAGGUGUAAUGCAAAUGAACUCAAAGAUGAAGAUUGAAACUAAUGCUCAGGUGAAUGUGCAAGAAAACCCAAAGGUUGAGUCUCAGGUUAAUGGACAGGUCACUAUCCAUGUCAACAAGCAGGACAGUGCCAUGGUGAAGGGACAAGCCACCUACCAGGUAAUCCCACUGAAGAAUGAUCUGCAAAAGGGACAGGACGCUAAACAAAUAAAUAAACAACAGACAGCCCAAGUGAAUGGACAGGGUGCAGCCCAGGUUCUCAAGCAAGAGAGUGUCUUUGUGAAGGAACGGGUCGCUUCCAAAGUGAACCAGCAAGAGAGUGCACAGGUGAAUGCAAAGACCAUUGACCAAAUUAAUCGUCUGGAUAAUACAAAGAGACCCGAUGCUCCCCAAGCGGGCAAACAGGAGAGUGUCCAACUGAAUGUACAGGUGAAGAAACCGGAGGAAACCCAGGUGAGCAGCCAAGCCACUGCUCAGCUCAAAAUCCAGAAGAGUACCCAAGUAAACGUGAAGUUGACCACACAGACAAUCGGACAAGAGGUGCAGCCCAAGAAACCGUCCAUGGCGUCCCUACCGGUGGGCCGACCCCCACCUCCACUCAUCAACCUGGAGCCAUUGGUUGUGAAAAGCAGCGGGGUGUAUGACGAAGUGCAGUCCAUGGAGGUCAGCCCAGUUUCCAAGGAGGAGCUCGUCUCCAUCCCAGAGUACUCCCCAGUCAAUGAGGUCCAGCACAACGGCAUGAGUAAUGCCCGAGCCCUGGAAGAUCUGCUGGACCUGACGGGCCAUGUGGCCUACCCCAAACUCUCCCCCAUUGGAAGCCUAGGAGACUGCAACAAGAACCUGAUUGAGGGGCUCUGUAGCCCCGGUGCCGAUUCCAAGCUCAUCCAAUCUCAUCCUCCACCCUCACACAAGUUCAACUACCAGUAGUCCGGUACAUAAAAAUUCAUGUGAGGAUGAGAAUGUGAAUUAGUGAGAAUGAGAAUUAGUUUUUGAUCCUCCUUGUUGGUCUCCAACCUUGAAUGUCCAUUAACCUUCAACCUCCUACAAUACAUCUGUCUUUAUAGCCUUGGACACGGAGCAUAAGUGACAAUAAUAUUCAUAGAUUUACUGUACUUGUCAGAUAAUACCUUGAUGAUAGUCAUAGCUAUCUGUGUCAUGUCAUGUAUUGCAUAGAGCCGUUGUUAGUGUCUGAAACGUGUGUGUGUGUCUGAAACGUGUGUGUGUGUAUAGGACUGUCUCAAUGAAACAAAGUGCCCAUGAAGCAAUUUACUUUUGACUAUCUGUGAUGAUAUAUAGCAGUUAGCUAAGAAAGUUCAAUCUAAUUUAAAAACAAAAGCUCUUAUUCUGUAGUUGAGUAGAAACACAGACUGGUGAUUGCCUCUCUUCUCUUUAAAUAAUUGUUAUAGUGAAAGACCCCACAUACCCAUGUAGAGAAUCAUAUCAGUAAGUUGCCUUUGCUACUGCAGUAUUGUUCCUCUUACGACAGAAGUAUUGUUCCUUUAAUGAUUGAAAGAUUAAUGUUGGUCUGUAUCCACCCACUGUAGUUUAGUAUGUACUGAUCUUUCAAUUAGAUUGUUCCACUGAAAAGUCCAGUUUUGUCUGGCUGUGGAUGCCUCAGGCUAGCUUGUAUCUCCCUGGACAUAAUUCACUCCCAAGGGACUCAAGCUUGUUGUCACAAUGUAUGUAUCCAACCUGCUGUGCGAUUGGGAUUGUAGCAUGUGUGCCAUAAUACUUGAACCCAGGUCAAACAGUAGGCCCUACUGCAACUCAAAAGUCAACAUAAAGAAGCUGUACAGAAACAUUCCUCAGUAUAAUCCAGAUUGUCACUAACCCAUGCAUUGCAGGUUUUGUUCUCUCUUUCCUCCUCGAUCAACAAAGUACGGAGCUGUGCCUGAUCCCUCAAAAGUCUGAAACCAGUGAGCUGGUAUCAUUUGAAUGUUAAAUGGCUUGCAAGAUGGAAUCCAGUUGGCUGUGUUGUCAAAAUUAAGUACUUUUGGUGUGUAUAUGCACAGAUGUGAGUGGUCAGUCACUGGUUCCACUUUGACUGUAUUGUGUUUUGAGAAAUAAUGCACCAAAAGAUGGCAAGAUUUUUACUUGAAGACUAAGCAACCAGGGAUGUAGAAAAUCAGUUUUAAAGAGAAAAAAUGUUAUUAACAGUUCAAACCUACUGUGUCUGUCGUAUCUCUAACUAAAGCAGCAUUGCAAGGAAUAAUAAAAUGUGACUAUUGUAGACAUUGUGCAUGGGUCAUUAGCAUGAUAUGAUAAAUAUCAGUACUAUUAAUAAACCUUAAAACAAUAA